AUGUAUACAGCUAAAGCCUAUCUAUCUAGCAUGCUUAUACCGCCAAUUGAAAAAACUGUAGAUGCGAUAGAGAAAACUGACUUUUCAUCUUCAUCCAUACUGGUACGGAAGGGAAGGAGGCAAGCGGGUUACCUCUACCUCGGCGGCUGCAAGUGGAGGCAGUCUCCCCCUUGGCGGCAGACGCAGCAGCCUGGUGCCUCCGCGGACAGGGCGUUGCAGGGACAGGGGUUACGUCGACGACGGAUGCGUCAGCAAUAG